UGUCGGCUGCACGAUCCUCAUCGUACAAGCCGACGCGUCGGCCGCCGUCGACUCAUGCGAUGGUAUUCCGCGAGACUGCGCGUCGGCUGUAGGAUGAGGAUCGGUCAGAAAGCGCUGCUUGGUGUGCUUCAGCACCCAAUGCCAUGAUCAGUCUCGUCGACGACACGGCCUCUGCAUAUCCUUUCGUCCAGCCGAUCAAGGCUGCUCUUUACUUCGACAGUGCAGAGGGGUUUGGCCAAUGGAGGAUUCUCAUCUCCACGAAUGCUGACACGGACCUCCGGAAGAUGCGCAAGAAGGCAACGGCGUUGUUCAAAGUUAUAUUGAAGAAAAUCAGGGAAUUGUCCUGGGGCCAUUUCUCGCCCGAUAACCAGAAGCAAUUAACUGAGAACGCAGAAAUCCCUAUCUACGAAGCCAAGAUGACAGGUGAUUCACGCUUAGUUUACCAGAUUGACUGCGUGCCGGAGUUUGAGACUAAUGUCGAGCGACAAGUCAUCAGAAUUUUCGGCAUCUACAGUCAUGCCCAGCUCAAUCGGCGACUCUGGGAUAGCAUUGGUAAUCAAUUGGGCCAGAGGGGUAAGGAAUACAGGUCGAGAUGUGUUUUUCGAGGUCGGCCUAUACAAGCUGGCAAGCAUGCCGGUACCAUUCUUCCGUCGUCAUGGCCAGCGCUAGCCGAGGACGAACACAUUACUUCGACAUCUGCUCUUCAAGUUCCAAAUGUGCACAAAGACGAUGAAGAUAAGGUGACGUCGAUGUUGGGGGUAUCAUCGAGUUUCAAUGCAACACCGCGACAGGCACUCCUGAAUAGUCUCUUGGCCGAUCAAGACGUGAUGCACGUCUUCGAUGUGUCAACCCAAGAGAAAGAUAUCAUUGAAUAUCCUCGGUCCUGUUACGUGCUCGGCAGAAGUGGUACUGGCAAGACGACAUCAAUGUUGUUUAAGAUGCUCGGGAUUGAACGUUCGUGGCAAGCUUGCGAAGGCGCGCUGGUCAAGCCUCGCCAGGUCUUCGUUACACAGUCAAGAGUACUCGCCGAGAAAGUGCAAGAGUUCUUCGCGAAGCUUCAUGGGUCACUCCUGAUGGCCGAUAAGUCGCCCGAAGAGCUCAGGUCGAUGAAAACGACCAGGAACCUACAGCAGGAUCAUGAUCAAGAUCUUGUUGACCUGGAUGAAGAAGUCCAGUACCGAGGUGAUCUGCCUCAGCGCUUUAGUGAACUAGCUGAUGAGCACUUCCCGUUGUUCGUUACCUUCGAUCAACUUUGUCGCUUACUGGAGGCCGAAUUCCCGCCGUCCAAGUCAUCUUCGGUACCUCCUGAUGACAUAUCCGUAGAAGCCGUAGGCGAUGUUCCGUCAAACGACUACAUGGAGCAGCUACGCGAUUCGUUUGUUUCGUAUCAAGUUUUUCUUGGGUCGUAUUGGGCACACUUCCCACAGUCAUUGACGAAGGGCCUAGAUCCUGCGUUGGUCUUCGCCGAGAUCAUGGGUGUCAUCAAAGGCUCAGAGCAUAGCUUGACGAGUGAACACGGCUUCCUUGACAAACCGUCAUACCUCAGCCUCAGCCACCGAACACAGGCUACCUUUGCGAAUCAACGCAAUGUCAUCUACGACCUUUUCCUGGCAUACUUGAAGCAGAAGCGCCGUCGAGGCGAGUGGGAUGCUGCCGAUCGAACACAUCACAUAUUGACAACAAUGCAAUCGCAAGGGCUCCCUGGAAAACAGCUCGACUUCUUGUAUGUAGAUGAGGCCCAAGACAAUCUUUUGAUUGAUGCCCUCAUUCUGCGUUCGAUCUGCAGAAAUGCAGACACAGGCCUAUUCUGGGCGGGUGACACGGCUCAGACUAUUUCAAUAGGCAGUGCUUUCCGCUUCAACGAUCUGAAGGCCUUCCUGUAUCGAGUAGAGGUACCACAGUCGAAUGGUGAAUCGCGCUUAGGUCCUCGUCACCAGCCUCACACAUUUCAACUCGCCGUCAACUACCGAUCACAUGCCGGUAUUGUCGAUUGCGCUCAUUCGGUCAUUGAAUUAAUCACCAUGUUCUGGCCCUACGCUAUCGACCACUUGGCUCCUGAGCGCGGUUUGGUCCAAGGAGCGACACCCAUAUUCCUCGGUGGAUGGGAUGAAAACAUCGAGCGAUACAAACGGUUCCUAUUCGGUGACUCCACGGAACACCUCAAAUAUGGAGCGCACCAAUGUAUCCUUGUCCGCCAUGAUGCUGCCCGAAAAAGACUCCGUGCACAAGUGGGUAACAUAGGCACGAUACUAACAAUAUACGAAGCUAAAGGGCUUGAAUACAACGACGUGCUGCUGUACAACUUCUUUUCGGACUCCACUGUUGAGCUCUCACAAUGGCGAAUUGUCCUGGACGCACUUUCCGGUGGUGGAGACACAGCGCUAAAGUCUCUGCAAAUCGACUAUUCCCGUUAUAUUGGACUGUGUCGAGAGCUCAAGUUCCUCUAUGUCGCUAUCACAAGGGCUCAGAAGAAUGUUUGGAUCGCGGACACUUCUGACAAAUGUGAACCGAUGCGGCACUUUUGGGCUGCAAAGGGGCACAUACAGGUUUGUACACCAUCCUCCGGUAUUUCACCAUUGGCGACUUCGUCGACACCGGAAGAAUUGGCCAAGAGCGCUCAUGCGCUCUUCGACAAUAAGCAGUACAUGGAAGCGAUGUACUGCUAUGAACGCGCAGGGCUCUUCAGAGAUCGAUCUGUUGCAGAAGCAUACCAUCUUCGAGAGGCGGCUCUCACAACUCCCACAAGCUUUCGUGGCGACAAUGCUGCCCGAGUCGUUGCUUUCAGAAGGGCAGCCGAAGCUUUCUGGUCGUUGGGACUUGAAGCAGCGAAUGCAAAGCGGUCAUACUUUCGUAUCGCUGCGAAGUGUUUCUUUCCCGAGGGAAAUGACUUGGCACGAGCAGCAGAAGCUUACUUUUAUGCCGAACAGUAUACCGAGUCCGCAAGUCUAUAUCGCAGAGCUGGCAUGUUCAACAAGGCGGUGGCUGUCAUCAAAAGCCACAGAAAUUACGUGGACCCAGGUGUUGUAGAGACCAUCAUAGAUGUGUCGCGUCUUCAAUACCUAAGGAAUCGCAAGAUCAAACAGGCGAGAUUAUUGUUCGAUUCAGACGAAGACGCUCUCGAGUAUAUGGAUGACCACGGCCUGGAUAGAGCUCAAGUGAUGUUUCUAGAGCAACUUGGACGCCUGAGUGACGCCGCACAAGUACAUUUGGACGCGGGACGAAUAGCGGAGGCUAUCCCAUUGCUCCUCAAGGACUACGGUAGCGCGGAUGCCGCUGUCAAGGCUUCGCAUUGGCUAUUGGACGGAUUGCGACGCAAGUUAUCCUUUGGAAUCAAACCCACCUCCGACGCCACGAGAUCGGACACUGUACUACAGGGUCUGUGUCAUAUCCUCCAUUCGCAAGCUCUGGAGAAGGCCAAACUUGACGACAACAUCCGUGAUGAGCUGCUUAUGUUCCGAGCAAUAGUAUUGAGCGAUGCGCCGAGACUUCUCGGGCUAAGCGAGCAAUUCCGUCAACGGCACAAGGAUGUUGCGUCGGCGUUGAGAAGUCUUGAUCACGCAUUCAUGGUUAUGCCGAAGCUCAAAGCUGCGAGCUUACCCGAGAUCGUGGACAGUCUACAUCACUUCAGCAUUUACGUCGAGCUGUUGCGCGUCUUUGCGUCUGCCGCAAAUCUCUGUGAUGACGAAGGCAUCCGAAGACUGUUCGCUGUCCAGGCGGCGACCGACGACUUCUUCCUCAUUCCAAAGGAUACCUUCCUCUUUGGUCGAUGUGCUCGUCGGUGGACACAAGGAUCUCGGCGAAACGAUCAGGGCGUUCUAGUAUUGAAAAGCGAACUCCAUAGGCUUCUGCAACAAGCACUGCAAGAACGGCUAUGUAUGAAGGUUCGCGAGGAGAAUGACUUGUGCCAUCGGACGCAUGCAUUCCAGGUCUGUCUGCCCUUCUUUACUUCCGGCACAUGCUUCCGAGCGGAGUGCCCUCAAGAUCAUGUGGCUGCCAAGGACUACGGCGCAGACUCGUAUAACCUGCGCAUUCGAGUACAUCUGCAACAGAUCGCCAUCUACAACUCCGUACGCACUUUAGAGAACCGCUUCGAACAAGCUCAGCAACACCAAUACUGGCUAUCUCAGCUGUACGAAGCACUGAACCCUUCUUUCUACAAGUUGGGGACAGUGUGCAGUCUGCGGCCUCUGACUAUACCCGAGUACAAUGAUGCUAUCCAGAUCGUCCGGAAGUGGGUCUUGGACUGGCUUUACGAUCUCAGUCCGUACGACAAACAGCAAGGUCUCACGAAGACUUUCCUUACUGCAUUGAUGGCGACCAUCUCGCUCGGGCUAACCUUCGGUUCUGGCGAGCUGCGAUACCAUCUUUCUCGGGUUCCGUUUGUUACUGCCUAUGGGUGUAAAGCACUAGUGCGCGGCAACGGAAACAUGAAAUUCAAUGCAUACAUUGCUCAAGACCUGGAACGAUGGGUCUACAACAUGCAUCCUGCUUCACUUGCAAGCGGCAUUCUCUUCGUCAACCACAUUUUGGUGAAUCGACUGCCUGUGAACAUCGUCGUACUUUGUGGAUUCCUGGACAGCCUAGCUGGUCUUCUCAUUGUGGCAUCUCGACUGAACGGCGCAAAUACACUACACGAUCUCACGAUGCCUCGAAGCUGGCUCCAGCGAGUCCUGCCCAGUGCUCACCAACUGAGGGAUAAGAGCACACGCCUCGUAUACUUGUAUAUGGAGCCUAUGGCGAACUUGUUGGAACAAAUCUAUACUCAAGACAAUGCUGGGCACCUCCUUUUCGGAAGCAGCGACCUUUCGAAACGUGGUUGGCACGUGCGAAACGUGUUCUUGGCGAGAAUUUGCAGGAAUCUUUGUCUUCUCGGCGACAACUCCCACUACCGAUGGCUGAAAGACAAUGUUCACCAUACGAUCACGUCGCUCCGUCGCCCUGGCAGGGAAUUUAAUCGCAUUUAUCAGCGCUACGUCGAUGCGCCCGCCUGGGAAGCUCUCGCAAAGGAGGUCCGCGAUAACUCUACCACAAACUCUCCAUUCGAUGAGAUGGUUCAGCUCUACCACGCGAAGGCGGGACAGUCACAAUUUCCACCGCGACAGAACGUGCGGCGCGUCGUCUACAACGACAUUCGUGAGAUCCUAGCUCUGCUUGCUCCGGGUGCGACCGCUACACCUCAGCCAAGGAGUGGCCUGGGCCGAGGCGCUGCACCUUCCGUUCCCCAUCAGGUACACGUGUCUCAGGCGGACAAUUCUCCCACCACCACGGCAGGUGAACCAGCGGAAGACGUGCAUGAGAAUGACGAGGAGGAAGCGAACGAAGAAGAUGACGCUGAUGUCGUUCCUCCUGUCGUCGAUCUGAACGAUGAAUCGCUCGCUUUCGAGGCGCCGGACCCCGCCGAAGCGCAGCUGGCCCAGGAGAAGCUGAACGCAGCCCAAGUGUUCGCAGACGCCUAUCUCCGUGCGCGCCGCAAGAGGGGCACUGCACCCACGACACCCGCCGCUGCGAUUCACCUCCGCUUCGCCAAUGCGUACCGCGCGACGUACACGUACGACUGGGUCAAGUCGCUGGAGAAGCCGCAGAAGCGAUACCGCCUGUUGUUGCUGGUCCCGCUUCCGUACUGCAUGGCGUUCCUGGAGCUCGCGUGCAACUACCUGUACGAGACGAACAACCGCCUGAAGAGGCGUCUCCAAACCGUCGAUCACCUGGAGCUCGAGAAGGUCCUCAAAGAGAUGACGCGAUGCCGCAACCAGCGCAAAGAGGCUAUACGUCUGAACAAGGCCCUCGAGCCCGGCGCCAGCAUGCACAAGAAGCGAGAUGGGGAGGAGCUCAGAGCGCGUAUGCGUGAAGUCGAGCAGCUCGCCGCGAGUCUGCCGUCGAGCGUGACUGCUGAGUGGGACUUCUACCUGAAGACCGCUGUUGAUGGUAUCCUCAAGCUGAAGCCGCGGCCCACGAAGAAGCCCAAGCCGGAGUUGAACAUGGCCGACGACGACAUGGUUGACUACGCCGACGGGGCAUGGUCGGAUGAUGAGUGAUGAUCUUGGAACCUCAAACGUGUACCCUAUCGGAAGUCUGGCGGACUGAGCAUGUCGAUACGCUCAAUUCUUGACACGAUUAGCCUUUCUUACAACAGGAUACACGCACUCAACUCAUUGUCGCAAAUCUGUACUAUACAAGUGAUGUACAACAAUUGUAUGGCUCUGCCUGUGA